AUGGAAAGGUAUCUAAACAAUUCCAAGCUAAACGCAAGUACAAAUCUAAGUCGUACUCCAAAUAAAUCAAUAAUGUCUCACUUGACCGAUCCUACUAAUCACCAAGGAUCUUCAUCAGACCUAGACAGAGCUCUGUCUACUUAUUUGAAUCCUGUGGGCCCAGGAUAAUAUAACUUGAAGAGCUUGAUAGGCAAUCAAAUUAUCGAAGGUCCUAUGAGGAAUGGGCCUUGCUAUUCUCUGAAAAAGAAGACAAAUACCUCAUGGUUUCCUGAGAUGAAAGUUGAUUUUUAAGGCAAAGAUAGUCCAGGAUUCAACCAUUAUAGUCCAAGUAGAGACAAUCAGAACUUCAAGAAUGUGUAGUUUUCUGUUGGAAAAUAGGAUCGAUUCUUUGAGUAAACACAUAUCAAAGUACUGAAGUCAAAUCUACCAAUAUAAUAUCAGCCUAUAAGUCAAGAGCAGAGUGAUAAGUAUAACAAAAUAUCCAUAGGAUUCGGUUAGAAAAUGCAUUAUAAAAUAUCAAAGGAAGAUGAAACGACGCCAGGUCCAAUAUAUAAUACCCAUGAGAUAGCCUCUAUUUCUCACGUCAACAAUGUCCCCUCAAAACUGAAUUCGUCAUUUGGAAAUAAAUAUGAUAAAUGGGAUAAAGUCUAAUAUCAUGGUGCUGAGGCUCAUUUUUAUGGUAGAGAAGGACUAGGUCCUGGAGCAUAUUACAAUGAUCAUGACAAAGUAACAAAUUUAAAUAUGAAAUCCUCACAAAUGUAUUCACUGCCAAAAGGUGAUAGAGGACUUCUACGAGUAAGAAAAGAGAAUUCACCAGGACCCUAAACUUAUAACGCUGAUCAGAUUACUUUCAAAAAAAGGUAUGGCAGUAUUGCAAUGCCUUAGGCGUCAAGAGAUUUUCAUUUUGCAAAGUAUAAUUCCUUACAUCAAACACUGGUUUAAAAAGGUAUCUAUUGA